AUGCGGCAUUGUGGGCAGCUGAGCAGAGCUGCAAGCAUGGAUGAGUAUCUUCUGAAAAGGAGGACCCAUGAUUCAGAAACACUACAGGCCUUGUACAGCCUCUGGGUCCAAGCUUCUCAUGUGGACCUCACCAUUUCUUGUGACGAUCGGUCCACAAAAGUGCACAAGCUCGUCCUCAUAGCUUCCAGUGGCUAUUUUCAAAAACUCUUCAGCCGUGACUCCAAGGACAAUGUCAACGCGAUCCACUUCCUGGAGACGUCGUUCGAGCUCCUAAAUCUCGCCGUGAAAUUCAUGUACUGUGGGGAAGUGAAUGUCCCAAGUGAGAAGUUUCCAUCAUUCAUGAAGCUGGCAGAGAAGCUGGAAAUCAAGGGCCUCUCUCAGGGAGCCACCACGAACGGCAACGGAUCCUUGGAGGCCGAGCCCCUCAAGACCCCGAUUUUGCGGUCUGAAAUGCCCAGGAACAGAAAGAGAAAGAGUCACCCAGAAAAGACGCUCAGAGAUCGAGAUACUCCUUCGUCGCUUCCAAUGUACCAACCCUCGUUUUACCAAUAUCCCAUGGACAUGUCCCAAAGUAUCGUGACUACCAACGGGGAUGAAUCUUUCUCAGAUCAUCAGACACCAACUGUGAAAGAGGAAAUGGAGGAUUAUGAUAUCCGUGAUGAGGAAAAGGAAACCCAGGUUGAUGUAAAACUGGAUGGAGAAAGUGAGAGCUCAUCAAAUGGUGGUCCUCCAGAGCUUCAGCCUCAAAUAGCUGACGAGUUGAUACAGCAGAUGGAGGACACAGGGAAACCUGUCUUUACCCCUGAGGAAAUUGACCCCAAGGGCCAGAUUGUGAGGACAGGGGCAGUGUCCUGGUCAGGCUACACUUUUCAGGGAAGGCUCAUUCACUUCUGUGGUAUCUGCCCUUACAAAGGAGUCAACCGAUCCAAGGUCCAGCGUCACGCCCGGGUCCACACGGGAGACAAGCCGUUUGAAUGUGAUGUCUGCCACAAGCGGUUCUCCCAGAAGGACAACCUGAAGACGCACAUCGUGGGGGUCCACUACCGGGACCGGUACCAGGCUUCCAUGCCGACGCUGUCUUCCCCGAUGCCUUCCACGUCGUCCACCGUCCCGGCCGCCCAGUGACGCCGGGGUCGUCUCCUUCCUCGUUUUUACCAGGGUUGUUGUUCUCGUCGAUCACUUAACCGACAAUGUACAAACGUCAGUAUCAAACCGACCUAGGGUUUUUCUCACCAGUUGCCUGUUAAGAGGGUUCUUUCAUGUGCCUUACCAUUGUUAUAUCCCUUUUAUUUUUUGUGGUGUAUUGUUGAUUUUAUCAAUAAAGGGGUUGUUGUACA